AAACAAAAAUCUAAAACACUUUUUUUAAAAAAAAAGUUGUUGUUGAUGGUGAAAGGUGGUGAACAAAGAAAUGACAUAAAAUGAAAACAAUAUUAUCAAUAUUAUCAUCAAUUUGUAAAAAAUGUUGUAUAGGUUUAUUAAUAUUUUUAAUCCUUUAUACAUUAAUUGUAACAUUAAUGUUAACAUUUUGUUUUGAUUUUCUAAUCAAAAUUAUUCAUCUAACACCUGGUACAAUACAUCAUAAUGAUACCAAUAAAAAUAUUUUUGAAUUGAUUGAAUCACGUGGUUUUCGUUAUGAAUCACAUUUUAUUCAAACGGGUAAUGGUUAUAUUCUACAAUAUGUUCGGAUUGUCAAUCCAUUUUUAUCAUCAUCCAAGAUCAAAGCACCAAUAUUACUUCAUCAUGGCUUUCAAACUAACGGCCAACAAUGGUUUAUUAAUCGUGAUGGUUUUCUAAAUGAAAAUGGUGAUUAUUUGGAAUUAGAUCCGGAUAAUGAUGAUCGAUUGAUUAUCGAUAAUAAAAAUGGUACUGUUGGUAACACAAUUGGUUUUGUUCUAUCUAAUCGUGGUUACGAUGUUUGGAUUGCAAAUUAUCGUGGAUCAUUUUAUUCAAAAAAUCAUACAACACUUGAUAUUCAUAGCACUGAAUUUUGGUCAUUUUCAAUAGAUAAUAUGAUCAAUGAAGAUUUAAAAUCAUCAAUUGAUUAUAUUCGCCAUCUGACUAAUCGUACAUCAAUCGGUUAUAUUGGCCAUUCACAAGGAUCAUUCAUGAUGUUUUCAUUAUUAUCUAAACAUCCGGAAUAUUCUUCAUAUGUCAAACCAUUUAUUUCAUUGUCACCGAUAAUCUAUUUGUCAUCACUUGAUGCUUUAUGGUAUCAUUAUACGCCUAUUCGUUUAGUCGAAAAAUCUUUAAGAUUAUAUCCACAUGAAUUUCCUAUGUUUCGAAAAUUUUUAAUCUAUAUUAGUAAUUGUUGUGAAAACAUUUUAAUGAAUCGUUUAUGUUUUCUAUAUCUUCGAUUUGUGAAUGGUCAAAAUUAUGAUGAAUCAUAUAAAAAUCGUAUCGGUAUUUAUAUGAAUAAUAUGUUAACUGGAGCAUCAGCAUGGAAUGCUGCACAGUUAUUACAGAUUCCAUUAAAUGGUGGCGAACCACGUUAUUUUGAUUUUAAUGAUGAUGAUUUAAAUCGUCAACAUUAUAAUGGCCAAACAAUACCACCAAUAUAUAAUAUAUCGAAUAUACGAUCGAAAAAUAUUGCUUUCAUCUAUCCACCAAAUGAUAUUUUCAAUAUAAUGACGGAUAUUGAAAAAUUAAAAUCAAAUCUUAAAUUUGAAUUAAUUGACGAUUAUAUGCUACCGGAUAAUAUUUCACAUAUUGGAAUGAUUUGGUCGAAAGAUGUUGGUCAUUCAAUAAACAAACGUAUUAUAAAAAUUUUGACAAAAUAUUUCAAAUAAGGGAUUUUCGAUUUAAUAUUAAACACAACACAUAUAUUUACGGUCGAAAAAACAUCAUUUUAAUCUAUUAACACUUUUACUGUUUGCUUUGUCUUUAUUUAAAUU